GAGAAGUGAGACGACCCGUUCUCUGGCGAUGCCUCCUGGGCUCUUCGAGUCCCAGCCCGGUACCUUACCCUCUCCGCACACGAUCCCCUGGCAUCCGAUUCCCGUGGCCACGGGCCCAUAAACUGUUUACUGUUGAACAAAGGGCUGACUACUGCAUGCAUUGUGGGAUUUUCUAAAAGUCAGAGGCGUAUUAUCCCGGUUUGUAACGGGUCUACAUUUGUUGGCACAGGAGAAUUUCACAAUAGACACGACCGUAACGCUCGUAAUAUUUUCUGGCACGGGAGGUCGUCUAAUUGGGUUCUAUUGUUCGCGUAACGCACCUCGCAUGUUCUAUGCGUAUACGUAGUAGAUGUGGGAGGAACCCUCAAAGUGGGUUGAUCAAUAUAAAUAGUGGGGUGAUCCUCAUGGUUUCCAGCUAUAACAAGUCCUCGCUCCCACCGCUCUCACCAUGUUAUACGCUUUAGCUACUCCCGGCUCCGCCUUCAAGCCUUCGCUCAAGAAAAUGUCCAACACCUGGAGAUUGCAGAAGUUCAAGACCAUCUACCUCGAGAAGGGUGGUAGUCCCAACAGCUCGGGUGCCAGCUCGGCCAAGAGCACCGCUAGCAUCGAAAGCUCGAGCUCCGAGUCCGUGCCCCACCUCAACUCCAAAGACAGUCUUCGCUGGACCUUCGCCAACGCCUUGGAAUUAUUGCUCUAA